CUUCUCGUAAUGGGAGAAUUGAGGGGCGUGGAGGAUGUUGACUGAGGUGGUGCAAAAUUCAAGAGACAAGAGAGAGAGAGAACGAGGAAACAAGAGGCUGAGACGAGAGGACUGGCAGACGAAACUGUCAUAUCUGUGAGAGGGAGAGAAGAGUGGAGAGGCUAAGAAAAAGCUUCUCUGUGAAGAAAUUAAAGCGAGGACAAGGACUGAUACAGAGGAGGACUGAAGGCAAGCUGAGAACAGAAAGCUGAGAAGAGGACUGGGAGGAGCAGACGUGGUGAAAAAGAUGUGAAAAAAGACGAGUCUGCAGGAGUUAUGACUCAUUCCCAGACUUCAUAGAAAGGUCAUUUUUUAAAGAAACAGCUUCCUGCUUAAGAAGUUUGAUGGGGGAAAACGCUCUGGACUACUGUGCGCUCACACCUCUCUGUACAUUCCAACAUAUUUAAACUGCAGCUGUGCUGAAUCUCCUAUGGAAGGAGUGUCGAUGGUUAACACCCCCUCAUACACAAUGACCACGUCCUACUCUGCCUCCUCUUUCACACCAACUCUUUCAGCUUCAGCAUUGUCUAACUCCUCGUUGUCCAGCUCUGCUUCAUCCCUCUCUGUCUCAAUGUCAUCCCUCUUGUCGGCCAACUCUUCUCCUCCCUCCUCGACAGACCAGAAUGUGUGUUCAUUUGAUGACUCGGCUCUCCGUGUGCCGCUGGCAAUCUUCUACUCCCUCUUUUUCAUCUUUGGGCUUGUGGGUAACCUCUUUGCACUGUGGGUCUUCCUCUUCCUACAUUCAAGCCGCAACUCAGUGAGGGUGUUCCUCAUCAACUGUGCUGUGGCUGAUCUGGUCCUGCUGGCAUGUCUGCCCUUCAGGGUGUUCUUCCAUGUUAACGGAAACAAGUGGGUCCUGGGAUCUGUGGCCUGCAAGUUGGUGGGGAAUUUAUUUUACAUGAACAUGUACAUCAGUAUCACAUUACUGGGCUUCAUCAGCCUGGACAGAUACUUGAGGCUGAGGGGGAAAGGCAGAGCACGGAGAGGCAUGAGGAUGAGGCUGUGGGGGCGCAGCCAGCCAUGCAGCUGGGUGGCGUGCGGCGCUUUGUGGGGUCUGUCACUGAUGGCGCUGGUGCCGAUGAUCGCCACAGCAGAGGACAAAGAGCAGAGUGACACAUGCUUCCAGUUCAAGCAGCGACUCGCAGCCAAAGGGAAAGCCUACUUCAACGGCGUCCUGGUGCUGUUGUUCUGGCUUGUCUUCAUCAUGCUGGUCGUCUCCUACUACAAGAUCGCCUCCCAGUUGCUGCGGGUGUCCAAGGACAAGCCGGACCUCCCCAACGCACAGAGAUAUGAACGAACCGCCAAGAAGUCCUUCUUUGUCCUCUUUCUUUUCACCGUCUGUUUCGGGCCCUACCACGCCUUCCGCCCCUUCUACAUCUACGCCCAACUCAGCAACACAGUAUCGUGUGACUACCUGCACAUGGUGGACCGCACCAACGAGGUGAUGCUGUUAUUCUCCGCCUUUAACAGCUGUUUGGAUCCCAUCAUGUACUUGCUGUUAUCUGGCUCUGUGCGGAAAACCGCCCUGCGAGCGCUUGGACACCGAUUAGGCGCCCGGUUUCACUUCCUCAAUGACGCGACAUCCAACAGCUCUACGACGGAGUUCAGACGACCAUCCAUGCCGAGGAUUGGACCUGACCCGCACAUCAACACCCCUUCUCUCACCCCCAGAACCAGCAUCUGUGUCAUCAGCUCCAACAUUCACCGCACAGGACUGACUAGGCUUCCACCUACUGGACAACAGUGAUCACAAAUCGUGUCUGACUGUCAAGCAAGCAUGAACACUGGAAAACUAAAUACCUGACAUUUAAAGUGGACUGGUUGACUGAUUGUCUGUCAAGCUGAGCAAAGUAUUUCUACAUAUUCAAAUAUCUUGUAUUAAAAAUCAAACCCAUAUGUUUUUUAA